AUGAGCAGAACAACCACUCCCAAGAGACUGAGAAAGUCAUCACUGAAGACCUUCACAGGAUGCUUCACCUGUCGCUCGCGAAAGAUUCGCUGUGAUCUCACAAGACCAUACUGUCUAAAUUGCAAAAGAGCCCAGCACAAGUGUUCUGGUUACGAUAUCAAGCUCCGAUGGCUGGUUCCUAUCGGAUUCCGUCCCAAUGGCAGAAACCCCAUUGCCAACCCGGUAGUGUUUCCGGAAUUGGACCAAGAUGGUGAGUCUGGCUCUGAUUUCUUCCAGCGACGUAAUGUAGGGUUUGUUGUCUGGGAUGCCAAGAAGAACUGUCGACCCUACGAGACCUACGAUGAGAUGGACUUGGAUUUGAACAGAUUGAGGCUCGACAAGUUGUCCGACGACACAAAGCUUAACGGGCCCUUUGGAGUAUUUUCAUCUACUCGUAGACAUAAACUCCUCAAGCCAACGCUGACACCUUCCACCAAUGCCCACUCCACUCCAGCAGGAAAUAUAGAUAAGGCACUGACACCUGGAUUCCCAGAUCAGGACGCUUUAGGGCCCGACCACAUCUGGUUGGCCAAUGAGUUAAGGGAGCAUGCACUUUUAACGGCUGCGGCUCUUAAUAAUGAUUACUUGAACCUUGAUCUCCCUAAUCUUGGCUUCCAGACUGUACCUGAGUCGCUGUCGGAUCUUCUUAACUUGGUGUUUCAUAGGCACAACAACCAGGUGCCGGGAUAUCAGGGUGGUAUCACCAACAUUCCAGCGCCGGAAAUUCCCGUUUCCACAUCAGAAAUGGGUCCUCCUCCCAACCAGUCAGAAAUCCCGGCUGUCAAUAAUAAGCCAGAACAGGACAAUGUCGCCAUCAAUCCCGACAACCAGCACCUUUUCUAUUCCAACUUCGACAAGUUCUACUACAACAACGCAUACCUGACCAACGACACGUUGGAAAUUCAGUUGCAUGCUUCAUCUACGGCUCUGAAACAGGACGAUAUGUCUACGGACAUUGUGGAGGGCGAGAACAAUCUGAAAACGCAGAUGCCUGAGGCCAUCAUGGCCAUAGUUGCAUGUCCACUUCAGCCAAAACUAGGCUUUGAUAUUUCGCUCCCAAAGAACGGCGUAAUGCUUCCCACCACAGCAUUACAAGUGCAACCACUCGCACGGUACUUGUUAAACUAUUAUGCCACACAAGUUGCGGAUUUAAUGACGGUGAUUCCGCUUACAGAGAAUCCCUGGAAGACCAUAUACUUUCCUAGAGCCUUGAUGGCCAUAGGUGAGCUCAGUGCCUUAGGUCAGACAUCGACCGCCAAAAAUUCUCUACUCAAUGCACUUUUGGCAGUGGCUGCGUUCAAUCUCCAAAGUAAAUUCCCUAAGAAUUCUGACCAGAUGAAAUUCUAUCUCAACCUUGGUAUUCGGUUGCGAAAUCAAGCCACGCUUUUCGUCAGGACUUUGCUAGGUUCACAAGCAAACUCUCGAGAUGAUGUGGAGAGAUGUGUUGCCUCUGAAAAGUACAAAGACAUCCUCUGUGCGGUGAUGUCGAUGAUCUCGGUGGACUUAGUAUGGGGAACAAUGCAAGACACCAACUUCUACAUCAAAUGGUGUGAGAAAGUGAUCUACACCAAGAUGACCAACAAGAAAAAACUCAGUGCCAAAGCCAAGAUUCUUCAUCGAAUUUUUCUGAGCUUGAAACUUAUUCAGGACUCCACCUGUUUGGAUUUGGUCAACAUCAAAGAAGACUUCGAGAUGACUUCAAUGUAUGGUCACGACGUCCGAAUGCGCUUUGAAGCAGACAUCCACUCCAACAACACCAAAGGCAAAAUCAACUACAUCGUCGACACCACCCGUGUGUCGUCACCGAUGUUUGUCAACAAGAAGUUGAUAAACACAAACAAAAACGACGAGAAUUUUGCCACUGAUGCAUUGUACGGGCUUCCGAAUUCGCUUAUUUCAUUGUUCAGUGAUACCGUGCAACUUCUUCGUAAGAAAAUCUACCACCGGGAAAUGUAUGGAAAGCCGCCCGCCAAUUUUGACGAGCAAGUGCAUGUUCUUAGUGACAAACUCACUCAUUGGAAAUUGGACUGGAAACUCAGCGAAGAUGGAACCACUCAGAAAUUCUUGUCGUCGAUGCACGAGGCGACCUACCACCAUAUUAUGUCUUUUUACCAUGCGCUCACCAUUUAUUUUGAUCGGCUUAUUAAAGAAGUGCCACCAGAAGAGGUUCAAACCAAGGUUGCAAAAACAUUAGAGCAUUUGAACCUGAUACAGAGACUUAUUGCCAAAGACGAGGCUCAUAUUAUUCCACUUUUCUGGCAAGGCUUCAUUGCUGGAUGUGAAGCAGUUUCUCUUAAUCUCCAAAUGGGGUUCAAAAAGUGGGGAGCAGACAUUGCCCAGUAUUUGGGCAGUUAUUGGGGAGCACGUCAAAUCAUGUUGGAGGUUUGGCGAAGAAAGAAGAUGAAUGAGAGAAGAGCAGACUGGGUGAGUGUGAUUCAAGACUGGGAAAUGAAUUUAAUGUUAAAUUAA